CUAUACUUGUUUGAUAUUCCAUUCAAGAAAACUUUGAAAGAAAAUGGAUUAAAUUAUCACUUAAUGUAGUCAAGCAAAUACUUGCACUUUUACCAUCAUUAACAGUUUGUAAUUGUCCCACAAAAGGCAUGUUCAGUUCCAGGUAAUAGUUUAAAAAUUGACAUUCCUGCAGUAUAAACAAUGAAGGAUUAAGGAAUUACUCCCAAAUAAGUAAGUGUUGCAAGUAUGUAUUGUAUUACUGCCUCUCUACCAUAAAUGUUUAACAGGGUUUUUGAGGCAGUACGUUUCUGGCACAGUAUGGUUUCUUUAAAUCAUUCCUCAAGCCUUGUUCCAUGUCUCGUGAAAUUCUCAUUUCUGGUUGUCACGUGCUCAUGAAUGACUGCUAUUAAGUAACUUCUGGAUGACCAAGUUCAGAAAGAGUGAGGAUUUUGACAAUUAUUUCUGCUUACUGUAGUGCUAUGAUUUAUGUAAUAUAUGUUAAACAGCUUUUAAAUGUUAAUUCUAUGUAGUGCAAUUAAGUUUUGAAAAAUCUGGUUGGUACACAAAGACUUACUUUGCACAUUCCUUCCCCUAAGCGCCAAGUGUUCUCUCCACUGUCGGGAGAAACAUCUCCCCUAAUCAUCCUUUCUGUUGCUUGAGGUUGUUUUAUGUAUGUAUAUAUACAUAUGUAUAUAUAUACAUGUGUGCAUAUAUGUAUGGAUGGAUGAUAUAGUGUGUAAACUGCAUGGAGAAGUGUAUCAUUAUAUAUAUUUUAAGUCACCAGGAGGCUGUUUUUGGCAGCACGUUGUAUUGACCUCAAAAUAGCCCAUAUGCAUGAGCCAAAAAUAGACCAGGCUCUAUUUUUACCAUUUAUUGUGUAUGUUUCUGGAAAUCCCUUUAGUGUAAUUGAUUUUUAAAUCUGUAAAAGCAAUACUAUCCUAUUAUCUCAUUUGAGAUUAAUAAAUUAGUUUCCUUUCAUAAUCUCUAAGGACUGGAGAGUUCUCAAGAAAAUGAUGGCAUAUAUUUAGGAAGAAUUGAUGCAAAAACUGAUACUACAUAUUUAAAUAGUACUGCUUUUAUGGUAUUUAUUAUAAGUAUAUUGUAGUUCUGCACAAAAGUAUCUCAAUCAGUGGGAGAGUAGGAUUUUCUUUUUUUUUGACUUCCAUAUUAAAAAGCUUUCCUAGCUGUAGGAAAGCUUACCAUACUUUGGAAGCCAAAUUUUCAGCGGAGGAGCACAGCUGUGUGUCACACUACAUAAGGUCAUCCAAAGGCACUGUCUGUUGACUUUUAAGAUGCAAAAUAGUACCUCAGUAGAGUAAAACUGAUAAAAGAAGAUUAUAUGAUCAGUUUAUUCCCUAUUUUCAAUCUUUUUCAAAAGGGGGCUCUCUUAGGUAUGCCUUUAGACACUACAGUAUCUGGUUCCAGUUUUUCUUUGGUACAGCUAGCAUUAAUUAUUGUGGCUGCUCUGAAGACUGUCUACAAGCAACUGCAAGAUGAAAGGAGCAAAAGUGAUGAAGAUUUUGCCCUGAAACUUUCUCGAACACAGCUGAUAGGUUUACAUUCCUUUACUAAAAAUACUCCUGAAUGACAUUAUUAUUUUGCAAACUGUUGUCUUAGGUUCUUGCAGACAGUGUAGUAAAUACUGAAUUCUACAAAAUGCAAGAGAGGUGUGCACUAAUUAAUGCAAGCAGCUGGGGUUUUUUCUUGCUUUAUCUCUAAAUUCUGAGCAGUAAUGUAUAGAGUACCCAUUCUUCUUGUUACAGGAGCACUUUCUUUGUUUUAGUCUUAAUUUUGAUUAUGACCCUCCUAGCUUUUCUGUGUUUAUCUGCUUUCAGACACUUGCUGCAAUAGUAAUGAUUUGCAGUGUCUGUUUUUUCCUGAGAAACAUAUGAUGCUGAGUUAACUAAAGAGAGUGCAAGGGAUCUUUUCUUGCAUCUCUGUGUGAGUUAAAAUGAGCAUAAAUUGUAUGGUUCACCUGUCCAUAAGAACAGUGAAUCAUACAUCAGUGAGUGAAUGAAAUUAAACAGGUGCAGACUUAAAUACAACAUUGGCAAAUUGGCUUCAUGUUGCAGUUAUACGAUGCUUCCCUGCUGUCACUGUAUGAUGGCAGUAAAAUGAAAUACCAAGUAUAUUUUAUCACCAUCUAUUAUUGCUUUCUUAAGUGAAAUAAGAGCUUUCAUAGAACAUAAUUUUUAAAAUAAGUUUCUUUUAAAAUUUAAUGAGAAAUAUUAAAUGCAUAUCAUGCAUGCUCACAGGUUACUUCAAUGAACUCUUUUGUUUGAAGACAUAGGGCAGCAAUAAAUAAAUAUCCACUGCUAGUAAAUUCAUGCUAUGAUCUAGCUUUGCCCUAUAAGAUCAUGAUGAAUAAAUGUAAUGCAGAUGUAAAGAGAAUUGGUAUGAUUCUUUUGAGUGUGAAUGGGUGAUCUCCUACAGAAAUAAACAGGAGCCUCUACAUGUAACACCAAUGAGACAGAGUGAACUGAUGUGUCAAGUUCUAGCUUGUGCUCUAAAACUGGAAAGCAUUCAGCUGAUGUCUUGGAAACAUAUCUGUGAAAACCUUAAACAGUUCUAUCUAGUUAUGCAGGAAUGUUAAGAGAUGACCUAGUCAUGGACAGGUGCCUGCAGGUGGACUUAAAUUUUACAGCACUUUAACCUAACGUUAAAGUAUCCCACCAUCCAGUGGUGGGAAGUGAAGCAAACAAAAUGCAUUACUUUGUAAUGGUUAGGGCUAAGAGUUUUCUAGGUUCUCUUCCCCCCACCCCCCCCCCCCGACUGCCUGAGCUUGUGUAGUAGAAAUGAAAUUGUCUUUAUUCUGAAGUAUUGCACUGCAGUCUUGGACUUAAGAACCACAGGUUGCCUCCGUAUGUACUAAAAUAUCACAGAAGAUACUGGUGAUGUCUCUUGACUACAUGUUACUUUUUAUUUUUUCUUCUUCACCUCUGCUAAUUCUCGGAAGGCUUAAGUUAUGUGUGUUAAAAUAGUUACUGUCUCAUAGCUUUGGGAAGCAAAACCUCCUUUUGAUUGUCUGGUUAACUAUGGAGAGGAAUGUUCUUUUCAGAGCAUACUGUGGAUAUGACCAAAGUGAAUUUGCCUUGCAGAGUACCUUUCUUCUUCAGUUUAAUGUGAAUCGCUUCACCCCAGAACAGAAGAGUUCAGUGAGAUGUUUCUGCUUGGAGGAAGCUGUUUAAAAACAUUUGAUGGAAAGUUUCAAUAUUAGCCUUUUCAAACUGUAAUAAUCUUAGAGGUUUGUUUCAAGAAUAUUUCAAGAAUAAAUCACUUUGUCUUAAAAGAUCUACUGGCUUGCCAGUGUUGUUGAUUGAUUAUUAUUAUGGUACAGUAUCCUUCUGAAGAAUAUUUUGGUUAGUUCUACUGUAAUUGGAUUGUGCAGCUACCAAUUUCACUGUGUAUACAAAUAAAACCUUUUUGUCUAUGGGAAUAUAAUCUGAAGAUUAAUAUGAUUUUGUAGAUAGUGUUAUUGGGAAUUUAUAUGAAUAAGUAAGAUCAUUCUUUUCUAAGCAUUGUUCAUCAAUAAAACAUUGCAUUACAGUCAGUGGUGACUGCUUCUCUGACAAGGUGUGUAAUGCUGAGAUUUUUGCAUGGGUCUUGCCGUCUAAAUGCAUGCGAGAAAAUUGGGGUGCCCUGGUACUAGCCCCAGCAAGUACUGCAGGCUCAGUAACUGAAAUUCCUGCUACAGUCCUGCCUACUCCUGAGGUUUGUAUUCACUGGCAACCUCAUCAGGACCUCCUCCAUGAGAAAUGUUUGAGGGCUUGACCACCCAAAAGCAAAGAAGGGAUUCUCUUCUGUCAAGCACUGUUGCUUCUGUUUAAAAUUUGUUUUACUUAACACUUUCUUUAGAUGUUUUCAAAAUCACAGGAAGCAGAAGAUGUUUUGGAAGGAAGGAACAGGUGGAAAAGUAGUUGCAACAAGUGCAUGCUGUAGCUUGUUCACUUGCAUUUUUUAAGAACAGAUGGGUAUAGAAACUCAUUGUAUGCUGCUUUGGGGGCUGUAUUUUGUGUACUUGAUCUGUUUGCUUUCAAAGCAAUAUGGUAUGCUUCCCUUGAUCCAAGUUUGUUUUUUACUGCUUGUCCACUACACUGACACCUCAGCCUUAUAGGCCUUUAAUUCCAUCAUCUUCUCCACUCACUACCAGGAUCCAUGUGCCAUUUAUUCACCUGAAUAUGUUAAUGGUGAAUUUGUCCUUUUCCCAACGGACAAUCAGACUCUGAGAACAAGGAUGUAGAAUUGCUUAUAGGUAUGUGUAGGAGAGAUGUAGAAGCUCUAACAGUGUUGUGCAAGGAUUGCUAAGGAUCCGUUUCCUAUCUGUGACCUCCUCUUCCUGGCACCCAUGCUUUCUCUAGCAUGUGUUCACAGUCCAUUUGACUCCCAUGUCCUUGGGAGUCUAAAUUCAUCUGCAAGUGCUAAGAUGCCUUAAUUGAAAGAAUGUAAUUGCUUUCUCCCCCGUAAGGCAUAAAGUGCCCAUCUUCUUCCUACUUAAGAGUGCUUACCCUAAUCCAUUCCCCCAGUCUGGGCUGGUGCUAUUGCUGACUAUUUUAAUGUUUUGUCUGGGACUAAGCCGUUCAUUUUGCAGAAUAAGAGCCCUUAGAGAAAUACGAGGCAAGACGGAAAGCUACUUGCUAAAUAUGGCAAACUUUCUGCACAUUGUAGGCACAAAAAAGGAGUCAUUUCUGAGGGGAAUUUCUGAGGCAUGACCAAGAAGUCACACUUGAGGACAAGAAUCCAUAAAGAUACAUGAAUGACAAAUGGUCAUUGCUGAGAACUGCUCUAAUAGUUUGUACACAACCCUGCUAGGUAACACGGUGAUCCAUGUCACUUCAGGUCCAAAAGCUCUUCCUCACUGUAGUAGAGAAGUUCAGUCAAGGAUAUCCUGCUGUUGAUGCUGUACACAGUGCGUAAGCCCCACACAUUAAAGACAGUGACCUGUGUUGGGUUAGUAAGGAAGCCUGCAGCCCUGUAAAAAGGAAAGGGAUGUUGCCAAAUGUGUAUCCUAACUGCUGAGCCUUCACUCUUCCCAUUAGAGUGGACACGUCCACUAAGGACUUGAACAGUGCAGGGAUGCUCAGAAUAACAAAGUUAAUCUUUCCAUUUAUUAACUACCUCACUGUUCCUUUGGUUUUUGUUUGCUUGCUUUGAUGUUUGGUUUCUGAUCUACUUCUGACUUUCUUCAGCUCUCAAGCAUUGAAUCAUUUAGUAGCUUUGUUUGCUGAAUGAAAGAACUGCCCUGCCAAAGCUGUCUUUGUAUAGCUGUGAUCAUAUCACUUCUGUUAACCUGCUCUUAGUCCUUACUUCCCUCAUCAGCUGUAAGAGCAUGUGAAACAUCUUCCCCCCUGCUUUUAAAUAACAAUUGCAAAAACUUAAGUGAAGUCUAGUUUACCCAUUCCAAUGUACUCUGUGACACAGUGGUAACUUACAGAACAUGUUUAGCAAUUCUGAUGAUCUGAUUUAGGAUGCAGUGUGGGAGUUUCUGACAGUUUUCACACUUGACUAGCAUUAUGUCCUGAUUUAGGAAGCUGGCUGUCUUAUUUUACAGCUAAGUAGAGGUUCUGUUUUUGAAGAUAAUGAACCCUAGUUUUAGGUGCCAGUCAGCUGAUGUAUCUUGAGUUCUUCCUUGUAGGCUUUUUAUCAUAUUCCUGGCUGUUGAUGUUGUUUUAGAAGAGUUCCUGAAUUUGCAGUUUGUUGAUUUAAAUUGUUCAUGUGUCUUAUUACAGCAUGUAACAUAAGACAUAAACAGAAAAAAAAAAUCCAGUAGUAAGUUGUGAUACAUUGGACAUGCUUCCUGCAUCAAAGGUCAAUAGAUGAUGUUGAGAUCUGUUUGUCCAAUUGGAAAAACAGGUUUUUCAAAUUUCAUUAAAUACCUUCCAAAAGUCAUUCUUGGGCAAUUUAAUGGUUCAGUUCCCUGGGACUAUCAAUGUAGUCUCUUCCUUCAAGAUCCGAUUACACUUUACAUCAGUAGAAAUGGACAGCAGCAGUUUCAUUCAGUUUGAUGUGCCUGAGUACAGCAACACUGUUCUGAGCCAAUUAAAUGAACUCCGCUUGCAAGGAAAGCUAUGUGACAUAAUUGUGCAUAUUCAGGGUCAGCCGUUUCGAGCCCAUAAAGCAGUCCUAGCUGCCAGUUCUCCAUAUUUCCGUGACCAUUCAGCAUUAAGCACCAUGAGUGGCUUAUCAAUAUCAGUUAUUAAAAAUCCCAAUGUUUUUGAACAGUUGCUUUCAUUUUGUUACACUGGAAGGAUGUCCUUACAGCUGAAGGAUGUUGUUAGUUUUCUAACUGCAGCUAGCUUUCUACAGAUGCAGUGUGUCAUUGAUAAGUGCACACAAAUACUGGAGAGUAUUCAUUCAAAGAUCAGUGUUGGUGAUGUUGACUCUGUCACUGUUGGUGCUGAAGAAAAUUCAGAAAAUCGCAACGGAGUUAAAGACAGCAGCUACUUUGCCAAUCCUAUUGAGAUAUCUCCCCCCUACUGCUCUCAGGUGCGACAGUCAACAGCAGGCAGUGAUCUUAGGAUGGAAACUACUCCAGGCAAAACUCUACGUAGUCGUCUGCAAGAAGAAGGGCAUUCGGAUCGAGGAAGCAGUGGGAGUAUCUCUGAGUACGAGAUUCAGAUUGAAGGUGAUCAUGAGCAAGGAGACCUGAUAGUAAGGGAAAGUCAAAUUGCAGAGGUGAAAGUUAAAAUGGAAAAGUCUGACAGGCCAAGUUGCUCCGAUAGCUCUUCCCUUGGUGAUGAUGGAUAUCAUACUGAAAUGGUGGAUGGAGAGCAAGUGGUGGCAGUAAACGUUGGUUCCUAUGGGUCUGUGUUACAACAUGUUUAUUCAUUUACCCAUGCCUCAUCACAGGCUACAGGUGUGUCUGAAACCUUUGGAAGUCUAAGCAAUUCAAGUCCUUCAAGGUCCAUGCUGAGCUGUUUCAGAGGGGGGCGUGCACGCCAAAAACGGGUAUCCACUGGUCACUUGCAUAGCGAUGUUCAGGGCUUGGUGCAAGGGGCUGACAGUGAAACCAUGGUGAGUAACCCAGGAUAUGAAAACAGUCCGCGGGAAAGAAAUGCAAGAGGUCAUUGGUAUCCAUACAAUGAAAGGCUAAUUUGUAUCUACUGUGGAAAGUCUUUCAACCAGAAAGGGAGCCUUGAUCGACACAUGCGAUUGCAUAUGGGAAUAACACCUUUUGUGUGCAAGUUUUGUGGGAAGAAAUAUACCCGCAAGGACCAACUUGAGUAUCAUAUUCGUGGCCACACAGAUGACAAGCCCUUUCGCUGUGAGAUCUGUGGAAAAUGUUUUCCUUUCCAGGGUACGCUAAACCAGCAUUUGCGAAAGAAUCACCCUGGGGUAACAGAAGUACGAAACAGGGUAGAGUCUCCAGACAGAACAGAGGCAUUUGUGGAACAGAAAGUAGAUAAUGAUGCUUCAGCUUCUGAAGCUAUGGAUUCUAGUAUGGAAAUUCACGCAAUGUCUAACACAUCUGAUUAAAAUACUACAUUCUAAGUGCAACCCAAACAAGCACAUUAAUAAUACAUUUUUUUAAUUUUUUAUUAUUUUAGUAAUCUUCAGUACAAGUAUAACAGCCUGGAGAAGACUACAUAAAUGUUCAUUGUUUGUGAAGGAGGCUGGGUUUUUUGGUUUUUUUUUUCUUCUGAAGAUGCUCAAAAUAUAAAAGACAGUGUACUGGGGAAGGGAUAGGAAAAGUCUGCUAAAGUGUCCGUAUUGUUUGAUAUGGCAAGACACAAUUUCCAGCAGAGAAAGAUAUUAAAAUAAGAUCGGCAACUCUGCCGGAUAUACCGAGAAGCUGUAGUCUCCCUUACUUUAUUUCCUAAAUCCUGUUGCUGGUGAUGAGGGUUAUGCAGGACUAAGGGGAGAGAAAGUAUUAUGCAUUUGAUUCCUUCCAUGCAUCACAAUGGAUUCUGUUCAUUUUUACUAACUGUUUCUGGUAGUUAGUCUGUUUAUAUAUAUAAAAUUGCUUUAUAUAUAUAAAAUGCUUUCACUUUUCCUAUUCUGGUUGAGGUGAAUGUAAAAGUAUGUCAUGGUUUAUACUAUGUACCAGUUUUUCAACUGCUAGGUCUUCUCUCUGCCUAGGAUUUAGGACUCUGGACUUUGGGAGGAUGUUUUUGGUUUUUAGAAGAAUGUUUGGUUUUUAUUUUAUUAAACUAUUACUUUGUGUGCAAAAGUGAGCAAAGUGAAUUACCUUGUUUUAAUAGCUUUGCUUUCUAACAUAUGUAAACCAAAUGCCAUAAAUCUAUUAAAUUAUGGUUAAAUUGUUUGGGUUUUUGUUAGUUGUCUAGAACACAAGCUGGACAACCUGUGGUGCUGACCUUUUUUUAUAUAUAGAGAUAGAUAUAGAUCUAUAUAUAUAUAAAAAAAAUAUUAUUAGCAAACCCAAAAGUAGCAUUGUGGUUUUAAAUGUGUUUUUACUGGCCUCAGAAUCUACCUUCAUUUCGUACUGUAGAAACAUACCAGGUAACUAAAUUUAACUUCAUCACUCUUUGUGGUUGGCUAAUACUAACCUAAAAGGGAUGUUGUAGUUUAAACUACAGUACUUCCAAGCAGUGUUGUAAUGGGUCUCUUCACAGAGAGCUGUUUUCAGGUGCACAUUGACUUCCUACUUACAGCUCCAAGUGAUAUGUCAGCACUUGGAAUUUGUACUUUUUUGUAUAAAAAAACAAAUACUCUAUGGGAAUUGCGAGCAAUAUGUCUGUUAUUUCAUGUGUUAGUAUUACAAAGAGUUGCUAUGGCUUCCCCAUUAUUUCAGUGGUUGUUUUCUGCAUAAAGAAACCACCAACAACUUUAAAAAUACUCUAAAUCUUAUUGUUUCACCUUUUUUUUUAAUAUGGUGCUAACUUCAUCAUUUAGGUCAGUAUAAUAUAUAAAAUGUGAAACCUAAUGGUAACAGUGAAACAAAAGCAAAAAAAAACCAAUAAAACAAUAGCUUAAGAGACCUCAAAAGCAUGAGCUGGCAAACACUACUGUGUAAAAGUCUACCUGAUAAGCAGAAUUAAGUUAAUCAUGUGCUUCUUUAAAAUACAGAUGAAUUAUGUUUUAUAUAAUUGGUCCUUAUGUUUGUUUAGCAAAUAUUGAAAAUACAUCUGUGAAUAUGUUGUUUAACUCCUGAAAUUUAGAAAGUAAAAGCUCAUUCCUAAGUUACAGGAAAGCAAAAAGGUAGGUUUGCUAUCUUGUAAUGCUUUUUGGGCUCCUGUAGCUCAAAUUGCUAUAUGUAGAUUUUUAAAACACUUUUCAGGCCCUUUGCCCAUGAAGUUGGGGCAUAUUUGUGCAGUAGCUUUAUAAAAAAUACACUAGUUCUUAAUAUUGUGACAGUCCGCAAUAAGGAUUAAUCUUACUAAAUACAGAUUUGCAGUAUAAACCCAAGUUGCUCCAUAGGAGCAGUUUCAGUUAAAUUGAGUACAUAAUUUGCCUUUUCCUCCUAAAACUGCCUAAGUAAGGGGGGUGGUGGGUGGGAAGGGUGUUCUCUCCUCGAAGUAACAAUAGAACUUUUGUUUCCAGUAAGGGAUAUUAUAUGUCUGUAGGGGAGGUAGGAUGUCUAUAUGUUUACCCACUUAAACACAUGUUGGUGUUUCUGAUACUGUUUUUUCUUAUAUGUUUUUUAAGUAAUUAAAUGCAAAAAAUUGUGUUUUGAUAAAUUAAGAUUGAGACAUGCAAAAUCCAAGAUAUUCAGUUAUUCUUAGCCCUUCAUCUUGGAACCUGUGCUGUGGUGCCUUUGGCGUGACUAUUUUCACGGUAGUGUGAGUUGAGGAUAGCAGGAUAUGGGCUACUAAUAAUGUAUUUCUUGAAUUUUUCUGUGUCACAAUCUUAACAUUAUUUAAAUAUAGUUCUUUGUAUUUGUAAAGUUAUUAAACUGGUUUGAGUUUACCAAAGAGUGACUUAUCCAAAAUUGUCUCUGACAAAAAAAAAAAAUAAUAAACAUCACUUUGAUUGUACAGGUUCAGGUUCAAAACAUUGUAAUGGGACUGUUAAGGGGCAGGAAAUGAUCACUUUUUCUAUAAUAUCAUGAUUCAGCAGUUUGCAAGUUCUGCUUGCUCCUAUUCAUGUUGAUAUGCCAUUUACCUUUUCCACUGCUAGCAGUGUUAAGAAUGAUCAAGCCAUAACACAGUACUGUAAAGUUCAGCAGUGCUUCAAAGGAUGCAUACAUAAGUAAGCAUAAAACAUCAUCGAGCAUUAUAUUUACACUUAUAAAGUGUGCGACUCUGGUAGAAAACGAACUUCAGACCUGGCAACAGCAAUUAAAUUGUGCCUUGUCACAUAAUGGUAUGCCAGGAUUAACAUUGUCAUGAAACAUGAAACAUUAUCUAAUUGAAGUUCAUUUCACAAGUCCACCAAGACAAAGUAUGCUGUGUUAUUUUAAGCAAAUUAUGGAAGUACUGUACAGUGUCUUGUUUCUGUACAGUUUUAGGUUAGCACAGAGCUGUUAUACAUUUCAUUUACAAUAAAUGCAGAAGUCAAUAAAUAUGUGAAGAAAUAUUUGACAACAAAAUAAAUCAUGAAAUCAUAUAGGCUGGUUCAUAAUUGAGUCUCUUCUUAAUCUACCUUUUUAAUUACAGACAAAUGUGAAAACAGUGACAGUGUCCUUUCCUCUAGAUGUUUAACCUAUUACAAACUGUGAAAAUAAAGGAUUUUAUAUCUUUGCUAAUGUUUGUGGUUUUAAACAGUUUAGUUUUCUUAAUCAAUUAUCUUCUGUAUCAUUUCUAUUAAAGUUGUAAAUACAUUUAGAAAAUAGCUAUGUAAAUAUUUAGAGUAUAUUAGAAGUUCAGUUUGGUCAAUACGGCCUCAAGAUUGGCUCUGCAUUUUAGUGUGAAUUCUUUCAAUAGCAUAUAAAGGAUACUGUCAGUUCACUGUUCAGCAGAAUAUACUGUAGGCCUAAAUUGGUAGUUUUUAAUGCAAUCUUCCCAAGCAUAAGUUCAUGUUUUAUGCUGCAGCCUUUGGUUGACUUUAAGACAAAACAAUGAGGCCUCUUAAUAUGUUUAGACUGAAAUAUGGGAAGGAACAGCAAAAAUAUCAAGGGCUGGGAAAAGAUUGAAUGAGCUUUACCUUCAAAAAUAUAUAUCUUAUUUGAAUUUUUUUGUAUUAGUUUACUGUGAUUCUUUUAUUGUUGUUUUUCUAAAUGGGUUUCACAUGAAACCAUUGAAAGGGACUCAAAUAUGCAACACCUAAUCUAUUUUGCAAGGGAAUUUUACCCUUGAAUGGUGCUUUUAGACUGGUCAGGGUUAUUUAUUAAAUUUUAUAUUUGAAAGUAUUUGGGGAAUUGUGUAAAUUCUUUAUAUGAAACUGUUUAGUUCAUGAAUUGUAAAUUUCAUAAUACUCAGUGAUUGAAUCAGAAGUUUAGUAAAGUCAUUCAAAAUGUUCAAAUUUUAUAACCUUUUUGCAUUUUACAUAUCUUUUAACAAGUGCCAGAAUAGUUGUAUUUAAUAUUGUAGUUUUAAUACUACUUGCACAUCCCUGUGAUAGCAUUAACUUAGUUAUGCAAGUUUACAUUUAAAAUAAAAUGCUAAACAAGUAAGCUUGGGACAUGUGUUCCUAUUUUUCUUCAGGGGAUGUGAAGCUAAAUAUCAAUAACUGAGCAGGUUUGCUUGUAGUUUAUAUAAGUAAUUCCUGUUAUGGUAGAUACAAUAAACUGCUGUUUCUCCAAUUUACAUAUGCUAUGAAUUCAACCUUUGGACUUGUAUUGCAAGUCUCUGGUUGUAUAUCUGAUUAGAAAUAGAAAUCUUGCACAACUUUAGCAGUGUUUUGUUUCUGACUGAAAAAUGGUAUUUUUAAAUGACUUUUGUUUGUAUGAUUGUUUUUCAUGAUAAAUAUUUGAACAGUUUGAAUGACUUGACUUGGUGUCAUUAUCUUGCAAUAUAAACCGGUAACCUCACAACUCCACACUUCAUCACCAUGUGAAGUAAAUGAAGCUAGCUAAGCUGAUGCUGUAACAAUUAAUAACUUGCCAUUAAGGAUUAUUUUAUAGCAUGAAUUUUAAAAUAUUUAUUCAAAUGAUAUUUUACUCUUGUAUUCAUUUUGUUUUUAGAUUUGUGACAUGAAUAUUUCAGUGCUGCUUUAUUUUGUUCUGAUGAAUUUGUUUCUUGCUUGUAAAUGGCUUUUUUUAUGGUAUAAAGUCAAUGGGAAUUGCUGUUUGUAAAUUAAAAUGCUUCUAGAGCAAAUCUGUGGUGUCAGCGUCUAAAUUCAGAUAUUUAAGUAGUAGAAGGCUUGUGUUUUUAUCACUUUGGGAAAAGCAUCUAUAAAAAAGUUGCAGUUUAAUACAGAUACCCAGAUAUCAGUGGAGAAUCAAAAGAGCUUUAGAGACAAAUGACUGAAGUUUCUCCUUUUUGCCAGUCUUGCUUGUUUAGUUCUGAGCAGGUAAUCAUUUCAGUAUUGUGCUCCAAAAACUUGUCUGACCCUUAAAGCAAAACGAAAAACCUUCUGGACUGUUGGUGGCAAUCUGUCUAACACCAAGCUAGAUGCAAGUCAGUUGGGUUGGGAGGUAUAUUUUGUUUCCACCGCAGCUUGUUAUUUUAUGCCAUAUGUAAAAGUAGAAUUAAAACUGUUCUCACCAAGUGUAGGAUACCCUUCCUGGACCACAAGCUUGAAUUUAGGAUGAGUAGCCAGCAAUUACUCGGUUACUUUCAGCUGUCUGAUGGCAAAGCCUUGUUUCAUUGCAGCUGGCUGUUGACAACUCCCCAAGUGCCUUUGUAACAAGCAGCUUCUAGUAGUAGUCAAAUACAUCCUAAAGUAAGUAGUAUACCAUCACUGAUUCGCUGAGAUAGAUUCAUCCUUCCUGGGACAACUAAAAUCUUGCAGAAAGCAUUUUUGCUUUAUAAUUCAUGGAAACAUCUUUUACUAUUAAGUUUGGUUAAAAUUUACUGGCAUCGUGUCCAGCUUUUCAUUGUGUAUGAGAUGUAUGUAGCAAAGACUUUUGUUCUUAUAAUAAAGUUUAAACAAGUUGUAAACUUA